UGUCCCGCUGAGUUAACUCCAGCAUUUUUGUCUACCUCAUCAGGCACACUGCUAGUGCGAGCUCAAGCUGUGGUCGCUUUCAGCUGCCGGUCUGUGGGUGGUUCCAGCCGCCCGGGUCUAUUUCUGUUCUGUUCUAAUUCCACUCCCUCCCUCUCACUAGAACCCGACUGUGAAUGACCCGGCCUGGCGGAGAUAGGGAGAGGGAGAGUGAGUGAAGGGGAGAGAGGGAGCUCAAGCCUUGUGUCUGAUACGAACGAUGGAGGACAGGACAGUCCCUCACGCUUACCCCAUGAGCGUGGAAUACGAGGGCGACACGCCAAGCACAAUCUACGACCAGAACUACGGGGAGGGUUUGUCACCAGAGGAUAUUUUAGCUCCGACUUUGUACCACGGUUACUACAUCAGACCCAGGAUCAACAAGCAACUGGACCGAGGGUUUUCAGAGAUAGCCACAAAGGACCAUAAAUCCCAGGUCUUCCUGGAUGUGUGCCACUUCCUGCCAAGUGAGCUGUCGGUCCGGACGGUGGACAACCUGCUGGAGGUGUCCGGUAGUCAUCCUCAGAAGUUGGACGACCACGGCUUCAUCUCCCGAGACUUUAAACGCACCUACAUCCUGCCCCUCGACGUGGACCCUCUGCUGGUUCGAACAACUCUGACCCACGAUGGCAUCCUGUGCAUCGAGGCGCCCAGGAAAGGCGGAGAGAUACAGCCUAAAGUCAACGACGUGAAGAUCAACCUGGCGUCUCCGCCGGGGAUGAAGGAGCCCGGGGAUGAAGGAGCCCGGGGCUGAGGCACAGAAAGACCAGACGAGUCACGAGGGAAAUAUAUCCCACUGAUCCCCAGCAAUGUUAUGGCACUGAUGUACGGUCCUUGUUGCUUUUACAAUUCAUCCAUGUUAUUGUAGCAGCUAACUCGCAACUAAUUGGCAUCUUGUUCAAUAACUUUAAGUUAAAUAGCAAAACUAAAAGUGUGACUAACAUUGUAAUAUGCUGAUAUUUGCUGUAUAUUUGAAGCUAGAAUUGUAUUGAUGAAUGUAUCUCAACUAAAACGAGAGGAUUAUCUUGAGUAAUAUCUCCUGUCUGCUUUUCAUUUCCCUUCGCCUCAUUUCUCUGCGACAAGAUGACUUGUAUUGAAGCACCCCUCUGCCUCCCUGUCCACGGGGAGAUUAUGGCGCUUGCUUUGAUCAGCUGAAAUCUGUUCAUUCAGACGCGUGUGUGUGUGGUGAUGGUCCCUGUCUGCUGGAACCCGAAGGACAGGUAUCUGCCCCUUCAUUAUCCACUGGUUAAAUAAGCAACUAUGCAUACAAGUUACACUGAUAAUCACAUCCAAUCUAUAACCCAGAGCUCCACCAUCCGAGAAUGGGAAACUACUGCCAUUUCUCUGUGUGACUCGCUGACUGGUGUCUGGAAUUCAUUAACUAAUUCUCUAGAUUUGUCAGACAACAUCUCCAGUUUACCACCUGUACAUACACAUGUGUAUUGGCAUCUUUAUAAUUGCAAUUCAUAAAAACUAUUGAAUAAUCAUUUAUAGUACUGCUUCCAACUGUUUUCCUUUUUUACCACACCAGAGACCUUUCAGCCCAUAAAAUCUAUACUAGCCCUCAGACAAUCCUAUUAAAUUCCAUCCCUUUUUUUAAAAUUUCCUGCAACCUCUCCUCUCUUACAUGUCUACCAACAAUGUCCCACCUCUGCCACACCUUGCCUCUGAUUCACCUGUCACCCACCUACACCAAAGGUGAGAUAAUCACCAAUUAACAGACUCACAGAGACCCUUCAGCCCACUGAAUCCGUGCUGACCAUCAAGCAUCAUUCAAGCUUUAUUCUCCCCAAUUUCCCAUCAACUUUCAUCAGGUUUUACCACAAACAUACACCCGGGAACAACUUACAGUGGCCAAUUGUGGGAGCAACCUGGGGGGGGGGGGGGG